UGUGACGAUGGUUCGAUAGCCUCUUAUAAUAUAUCAAAAUUCAUUGCUGAAUCGGGGAAAGCUCAUACCAUCGGCGAAGAGUUGAUACUGCUGGCUGUCAAGGAAGUUUUAGAAAUGGUUUUACGCCAUCCAGCCACAUCCAAUGUUAUAAAAAAUGUCCCAUUAAGCAAUGAUACAGUGCGACAACGAAUUGAUGAGAUGGCUGAAGAUGUUGAAGCUUCCUUAUGCAAAUUUUUGAUACCCACCAAAUUUUCUCUUCAGGUUGAUGAAUCAACCUUGCCAAGUACUAAUGAGGCUUUACUGUUAGCGUACGUCUGGUUUGUGAAGGAAGGAAAAAUUAUUCAAGAGAUGCUUUUUGCAAGAAGCUUGAUUGCAGAUACUAAAAGUGAAUCUAUUUUUAAUACUGUCAAAGAUUAUUUUAAAGAGAAAAAUUUUCCUUUUGCGAACAUUAUGUCUGUUGCCACCAAUGGAGCUCCUGCAAUGGUAGGUCGUCAUCGUGGGUUCAUCGCCUUUUUGAAGAAAGAGGUACCAGGUAUUUUAGCUGUUCACUGCAUGAUUCAUAGACAGCAUUUAGUUGCAAAAAACCUCAGAGACCGUUUGCAUCAGUCAAUACAAUAUGUCAUCUCUGCCGUGAACAAAAUUCGCAGUAAUGCUCUCAACGAUCGAUUAUUCGGGCAGCUGUGUAAGGGCAACGAUGAAGAAUUCAAUCGCUUGCUUCUACACACCAAGGUUUGCUGGCUUUCCAAAGGUGCCUGUCUCAAUAGGUUCUGGAAUCUUUUCUACUCUGUACUUCUACUUUCUUUUGAGUUCCUCGAAGAGAAAGAUGUAGCUCUGAGAGACAGAUUGCUACAAUUUAACACUGAUGUUGCUUACAUGGCCGAUUUAUUCGCAAAAUUCAAUGGAAUUAAUUUGCAGCUUCAAGGCGAAGAGCUCAAUUUGAUCUCAACAAAAUCUGUUAUUUCUGCCUUCCUAAAAAAACUCACUUUGUGGAAUCAGAAUUUUGGUCGCAACGAGUUCAGCCAGUUUCCAAUCUUGUCGGAUCUGCAUAAGAGCAGUGAAAUCCCCUUUGGUGAAACACAAGUUUACUGUCAA